AUCAAAUAAAAGAAAAAGAAAUUCAAUAAGCUCCUCAAACCCCCUAAACACACUCCAUCUUUGAACAAAUAUCAUGAAGCCCAAAAGUUAAAAGAGCAUUAAGAAAAAGAUAAAAAAACUUAUAAUAUACAUGAUCAUAUUAAAUGAAAAAAAUCUUAGUUCCCCUCAUAAUACAAAUUAAUACCUCCUAACAAAACACGCAAACUCUGAAAUAAGGCCAAAAACAGAAGUAAAAGAACCAGGGAGUAUGUUAUCAUUUUUAUUAAAUGAAGAAAGACCUUAAAUACAAUCUUCUUAUUCUACAAUCUCAAAAUCAGAAUAAACUAUAACAAAUUGACAAACAAACCUUUGUUUAUGAAUUGUGAACUGCUUAAUCAUAAUACAG